CGUUGGGGCUCUCAUGAUGGCUUUUUCAGACAGCUCCGCUCCUUGGCUGGUGUUUCCGUCGUUGCUGGCCUUGUCGUAUGGAGGAGGAACGUUGCUGCUGACCAACGUGCAGUUAUCGUCCCUCUUUCCUCGAGCGUCUGGAGUUAUCGUCACCCUUAUUUCAGGUGGCGUUGACUUCUCGGCUACCACACAGCUCCUAGUGAAGUUACUUCGAGAAGCUGGGAUUGCCCGCAAAUCCUCCUACAUAGGCAUCACCAUUGCACACGCCUGCCUCGCCAUGAUCAGCACCAUGUUCUUCUUGCCCAAAAAGCUGUACACGCGGAGACCCAGCAUCUUCCAGUUCAGGGCAGACGACAUCGAUCUCGAGCGAUUGAAUACGAUUGCGAGAAAAGCCCUCGCCGCCAAGGAAGAGGAUGAAAGUCAAGGCGACGAUGAAUACGACAAGAGAGAGGUCGUUUGUGAUGAUCAGUGUGGAGACGACAAGAGGAACACGUGUCAAGAGGGAAUGAGGUAUGGCAAUCACACAAAUAAUAAUUGUCACAAGACCAGCACAGUGUCCUCCCUCCAGCACACAGGCAGUGACCUCAUUCUUGACCCCCGGACGCUGUUGACGAGCGUUGAGGAGCUGGACACAAGAUGCGGCGCGUGCGGCAAACAUGUCUCCACAGAAUCUGUGGGGAAAGUGAGAAAUAACACGGAUUCUCUCACAUCUGCUCUACAGAGAGAGAGCACGUGCCACACACAGCAACGAAAAGGCUCAAUGUUCGAUGGAAAUAUUCCCAAGUGUAGCCUCCCUUACAGUGGCAACCAUUUGCUUACAGAGGAGAAAAAAGUCUACAUUUCCAUCGUAGACGUUCGUUUUCCAAGUCAGGUGGUGAAACCAAAUGAGAAAGAUGAAAAGACAAUAACAAAGGAUGUGUCCACUCAUAGUGACGGACGUCCACCAAGAAGGCAGAGUGACAGACCGACUGCUCAUGUGCGCCUAGUGUUUCCAGAAUUUUCCAAAGAAGCGAAUGAAAUGGAAGACGGAGACGCUCCAGGUUCAAACCUUGGCAGUCCAGUGCCACAAACCUCGUCCCAUGAACUCUACCCGACCCUCAAAAGCUGCGUGACGUCACCAGUUUUUGUGCUCCACGUGCUAUGGACGUCGUUCAACGUCCUCAGGCUGGCGUCCUUCUUUGGUCUUAUCAACUCGAAGCUUAACGCAAUGUUUGAGGGAAACACGGAAAAAGUGAGCUUCUACACCAACGUCUUGGCCUACUUCAUGUUGUCGAUGAUGUGUGUCUGCUGGGUGUCUGGGGCUGUGUACGACUGGCAGUCUUCUGUAUUCAGAGGAAGACGAAGCUUAUUUCAGAAGAAAGUCCUCCCCGGUGCGCUGCCAUUGGCCAUGACGUCAGCACUGGGCGUGGCCAUCUCUGCCAUGGCGUUGAGUGACAGCGAGAUGGUGUUGUAUUUCAUGUUUGCAUGUUUCGUCUUCUACAACGCCUUCAUCUUUGGCGUCUGCCUCAGCUUCCUGAUGCGAGUAUUUCCGGAGAGGUUUUUCGGCAUCCUCAAUGGCGUGCUGUCCAUCGUGUCCGGCAUCUUCUGCUUCUUGCAGUAUGGUAUUUUCCGCUGGCAUGAUGUACAGCCUGAUGGACCAGUGCAGGCCAACAUUUUCAUGUUGUCACUGGUGGCAGUAAGCUUUGUUCAUCCUCUCUACCUUGUCCUUACGUGCCUUCGUCGGUAGACGACUUCUGAAACUAAAACAUGGCAUCUUAAAAACGAAGCGAAAACACUUAAAUCUGACUAAAGAAGUUUAUAAUCAACAAUAUUUUUUAAACUGAUAACUGCUCUGUAGUCAGUUCAUUACACAAACAUUAUAGCACAUGACCUGCUACCUACCUGUCAUGUGGGUACCCGAGGAUUCUGAAGGUAGAUCAAUGAGAGAGACAGAGACAGGGGAGAUAAGGUUCAUCCGGAAUAUCUGUGGUCUCACUCCCCAAGGACCGAGGGCGCCUGUCACCAAUACACUGAAGGUUGGCUGUCCUGGUUCAUCUCCCUGUCGGGCACACUGUUCUUUGUCUGCGUCUAGCGAGAGGAGGAACUCGUUUACAAACGUCCAGGAGAAGGAUGAGGCGUGCUCAUGAAAAUACAAAGCGAUACAUCAAAGUA